GUGUUGCCAAGGGGUAUAUGAGAAAGGGAAGAGGGGCAAGAAUUGUUUCCUCAUGAAGAUUGUCUCUUAGAAUGUCAGGUGGUUGGGAAGUCUUCAAAAGAGGCUUCUAGUGAGCAAAAUCCUGUGGAAGUCGAAAGGAGAAGUCCUUAUUAUUCAAGAACCCAAGCUUCAAGAUUGUGGUCAGGGCAUAGUGGAUUCUUUUCUUGGGCACAAAGGAUUCAAAUCAGAGAUCUUGCUAGCCAUUGGAGCUUCUGGAGGAAUUAUCAUCCUUUAGAAUCCAUCCGUGUGGAUCAAAGAAGAUUGUUGGUCUGGCUCUUAUUCUCUAUUGGUUGUUUUCAGAGGAGCUAAGUCUGUGGUGCACGAAGUGAUUACAGGGGUGUAUGGACCAAAUCAACCUUCCCUUAGGUCAUCUUUCUAGGAGGAAUUGUCCUCAGUUGGGGAUAAACGGCAGUUGCCUUGGGGGGAGGGGGGAUUUCAAUGUAGUGGGGUUCAUUCAUGAGAAGUACAAGACAAGAAAGACUUCUAUUAGCAUGAGGGGUUUUUCUGUGUGGAUCUAGAGCCAAAACCUUGUUGAUUAGACAGAUUCCUAUUAUCCUAAUCUUGGCUGGAUUCCUUUCCUUUGGUGCGAUAGGUGGCUCUUCCGAAGUCUACCUCUGAUCACUGGACUCCUUGGGGGUGGAGGCUGAUUCUUGAGGCCCGAAACAGUUCUGGUUUGAAAUUGCAUGGAUGGAACUGGAAGGCUUUUCAAGUUUGAUCCCAGAGUGGUGGAAGUCUAUUGACGUCCAUGGCUCAAUAGGAUUCAGGCUAUGUCAGAAACUCAAAGGUAUUAAAGGUAAACUCAAAUCCUGGAGGAAGGAGAUUUAUGAUCAGAGAGUAGCAGAAAUGGAGAGCCUGCUCCAAGUUAUUCAGUCUUUAGAUGCUAAGGAACGGUUGGGGCCUCUAACUGAAGCAGAAAUUGCAGAAAGAAACACUCUCGGCCUGAAGUUUAGCAAAAGGCUGCUAGAAGAGGAAAUCAAAUGGAGGCAGAUGUCGCAAUCUGUUUGGCUCAAAGAGGCGGACAAAAACACUAGGUAUUGUCAUUGCAUUGCCAGUGUGCAUGCUAGAUGUAACAGAAUCUCCUCUAUGGGUCAAUGGUAAGCUUACUGACAAGAAGGAUCAAAUCAUAUCAGCCAUCGCGGACUUUUUUGUGCUCCUCUCCAAAGAAGAUAUUCUUUGGCCAUAACUUCAGUUUUUGAAUUUCAAGCAGAUUUCUGAGGAAGAUGCCCACACCCUUGAAUCGCCUUUUGCAGAGUUGGAAGUCAGGACUGCGGUGAUGGGCCUUGAGCAUGAUAAAGCCCCGGGCCCCAAUGGAUUUCCAUUGGCCUUUUUCCAAGUCUUUUAGGAAAUUCUCUAAGCUGAUAUCAUGGAUUUUGUGACGGAAUUUCAUGAAUUCGAUAUGCUGCUGAAGGAAAUGGGAAGCUCUUUCAUUGUCCUUAUCCCUAAGGUGGAGGGAGCUACUUCUCUUUACGACUUCAGGCCGAUAAGUCUGAUCAAUGGUCCAUAUAAGAUCCUUGCUAAGGCUUUAUCCAAUCAUAUUUGAUCAGUUCUUUCUAAGGUCAUCUCCCCCUACCAAAUGGCCUUCAUUGCUGACAGGGAGAUAGUUGAUUGCUCUCUCCUGGCUAACGAGAGUUAGAUUCUUGUCAUAGAGAUGGGACAAAGGGAGUCACGUGGAUUGGUAGUUCUUAGACUUACAUGCUGGGUAAAAUGGGCUUCGGAGAAAAAUGCUAGGGUUGUAUGCAUGCCUGUGAGUUUUCUGCGCAUUUAUCUGUUCUCAUGAACGGGACUUCUCAUGAAUGGGACUCCUUUCGAAUACUUUCAGACCUCUAGGGGGCUCCGCCAAGGUGAUCCCCUUUCCCCUUUCCUUUUUAUACUUGUUUCGGAGGCUCUUAGUAUGAUGCUGGAAAAAGGGAAAUGAGUGGCUCUAUUUUAGGGAUUUAAAGUGUCAAAUUCCUUGUCUUCCUUAUCCCACAUUCAGUUUGCAGAUGAUACUUUAAUUAUCUGCGAAGCGGGGGUUUCUAAGGUCUUUAAUCUUAGUCUCAUCCUGCAUUGUUUUCAACUUGUCUCUGGUCUCAAGGUCAAUUUCUCUAAAUCUGAGCUGCUCAGUGUCAACAUAAAGACAGGGCGGUAGGUGAGCUGGCUGAGGUGUUGAGAUGCCGUGCUGCUUCGUUCCCCAAUUAAUACUUGGGUCUCCCACUGUGCCUUGGUAAACCUCCUCUCACCUCAUGGGAUAGGGUGUUAGAGAGAAUGGAUAGAAAAUGGAUCCGUAGAAAGGCAAAUUGUUAUUGUUAGGGGGUAGGAUCACCUUGAUUAAAUCCUCCCUCUCUAAUCUUCCCACUUAUUUUUUCUCCCUAUUCCAUAGCCCCAAAUCUGUUCUGGCUAAGAUGGAUAAGCUGUGGAGGAAUUUUCUUUGGCAAGGGGGGAAUUUGUCUUUCAAGUUCCACCUUCUCUCUUGGGAAGAGGUCUACAAACCACUAGAAUAGCGGAGGGGGGUUUGGUAACAAAGAUUUAGAGCAAGUUAACAGUGUGCUAUUAGGAAAAUGGGUGUGGAAAUUUGUGGAGGAAGAAAACGGUUUAUGGCUAGAGGUUAUAGCCAGCAAAUAUAUUGUUCCAGCUCAGGGAAGAUGGACCAAAAGCUCAUCUAGGGCUUCUCAUUGUUGGAAAUCGAUCUCUAGAUUGGCUGACAAAAUCUUUCCUCAGAUUGGCUUCUCUUUAGGUAGAGGGGACAUAAUUUGCUGUUGGGAUGACAUUUGGCUAGGGGACUCUAGCCUCAGAUCCCAAUUUCCCUGGUUGCUGCUUUGAGUCCGUGGGAGGACUUGCUCGUCUCAGAUUGCUUUUCAGCCGCACGUAUGGGGGCUUCGUGGGCUCGUCUCUGUAGGUGCAAACUGAAUGAUACAGAAGCGGAUGAGAUGAUUAGAUUGCUUGCUCUUCUGGAGGGCGUGCAUCCUUCACCUGAUGAGAGAGAUGCCCCUUACUGGCAUGCGGACAAAUCAGGAUGCUUCUCAGUUUGAUCGUUCAUGAAGGUGAUCCGCUCGGUUGGUUUGGGGUUCGAUUACAGAUUCUUAGCCUCUAUAUGACGUGUUCAAGCCCCCCUCAAGGUUUUAGCUUUUGGUUGGCUUGUUGGAGGGGGUAAAAUUCUCACUCUGGAUAACCUUUGCAAAAAAGAUUGCUUGUUCAUAGGUAGUUGCAGUCGGCAAAUGGGGAAAACUAUUGCUGUUUGCCAUGUUGGUGGCGAGUUUGUAACAAACAACAAUGGAUCUAUGUCAUAUACUGGUGGAGAAGCAUAUGCAAUACCGGUUGUUCCCAACAUGAAAUUUGAUGAAUUCAAGUCAGAGAUAGCUGAAAUGUGCAAUCGUGAUGCAAGUACCUUAUUCGUAAAGUACUUUCUCCCAGGCAACAGACGGACUCCGAUCACAGUAUCCAAUGAUAAGCACAUGCAGUGCAUGGCUGAUUUUCAUGAGGAUUCAGCGACGAUUGAUGUUUUCGUUUUGGAUAGAGAGACCAUUGCUCAGAACACUGAUAAAACGGAUAACAACCGGGCAAACAGAGCCACAGGUAGAACAAGUAGAUCCACAAGUAGGACCACAAAAAGGGCUGCAGCCACUGUCUCAAUUACGCGAACUCCUACAACCGUCGACAAUGAUGGGAUAGGAAGGCGAACUACGGUCACUAAUCCAGUGGCUUCAAAUGCUGUCAUGGAUGACCCUGCCAGUGGUGAUAGCAUCGCAGGUAGGACCAGGAGCAGGAUUACAUCAAUUGCCGCUACAAUCACUGACCCAACCACCCCAAUUGCCACCACCGCUGCCGUUGGCAAUGAUAAGCGGCCAGCACAAUACAGUUCCCUAGGUGACACUAUCUUUGAUGUGGGACAAGAAUUUAAUAGUGUCAGUGACUUCCGUGUUGCAUUGCGUAUGUAUGCCAUUGUGAAAGGGUUUGCAAGCAAGACAAUUAAGAGUGGAAAAGCCCGUGUGACUGCCCAAUGUAGUGCCGAGGGCUGCCCAUGGCGGGUGCAUGCUUCCAGACUUCCAACCAUGCAGAGGUUCAAGAUUAGAAAGAUAAAUAAUGUGCACACAUGCGGAGGCGGGGUUGGAAAAGACGGCCAUCCUAACGCAACAAGUCUCUGGGUUGCGAGCAUUAUAAAAGACAAGCUACAUGAUAAGCCACAGUAUACGCCUAAGGAAAUUGUGAAUGACAUAUAUCGGGAGUACGGAGUCAAUGUAAGUUUUAAAAAGGCACGGGCUGGGAAGGAGGUGGCUGAGGAGCAGCUUCAAGACUCCCAGUCAUAUAGUCAGCUGCCUUGGUUCUGCAAUAGGUUAAAGGAGACAAAUCCAGGUAGUCUUAUAACUCUGACAACAACAGACAAGUCGAGGUUUCACCGCCUUUUUGUCUCAUUCCAUGCUUCGCGGCAUGGGUUUGAGAACGGUUGUCGCCCCCUCAUUCUUCUUGACAGAACAUCUCUAAGAAAGGAAUGCCGAGGGAUGUUGUUAGCUGCGGUAUCAGUAGAUGGGGAUGAUGCUAUCUUUCCCGUUGCCUUCGCUAUUGUGGAUUUUGAAUCCUAUGAUAAUUGGAUUUGGUUUUUGACAGAAUUGAAAUCGGCCGUGUCAACAAAUCGGACCAUAACAUUUGUAUCCGAUUGGCUCAACGGUUUAGAGGAGGCUGUGCCGCAGGUUUUUGAGGGCAGCUAUCAUGCCUACUCUCUCCAUCACCUUAUUGAGGGCUUCAAGCUGGUGUUGAAGGGCCCAUCAGAACCGGUGAAGGAUGCACUGGCUGAUGAGAUUCAACGUGCUGCUUACUCAUGCAGCAUUACCGAUUUCAAUGCUUGCAUUGGCAAAACCCGGAAUUUCUCACACAAUGUCGCAUUGUGGAUCUUGGAAAGCAAGCCUGAACAUUGGUCGAACGCAUUCUUUGAGGGCUUGCGAUAUGACCACCUAUCAUCGAACAUUGCAGAGUUGUUCUACGGUUGGAUAUCAGAGGAGCGCAGGCUAUCAAUAAUACAGAUGAUUGACAUGAUACGGUGUAAGAUGAUGGAGAUGAUUUAUACCCGCCGAGAGGCUUCUAGCACAUGGUCGACGAUUCUCACACCUUCAAUGGAGCAAAGACUAGAGAGAGAGAAAUGCAACUCGCACUCGCUCAGCGUGUUGUUUUCAUCAGGGAGCAUAUUUGAAGUCCGCGAUGAUUCAGUCAACAUUGUGGACAUCGAGACAUGGGAUUGUACAUGCCGGAGAUGGAAGAUGACCGGGUUGCCUUGCGUUCAUGCAGCCGCAGUUUUCGAUCGCACAGGUAGAAAUAGUUAUGAUUACUGCUCAAGAUACUUCACGGUCGAUUGUUACCGUUCAGCAUACUCAGAAUCUAUCCACCCUAUACCGGAUAUAGGAAAUCCUGUAAGCGAAGAUUCUAACACCGAGCUGAUUGUUCGUCCACCCCGCAGCCAUCCUCCACACCGUUCACCUGGCAGGCCAAAAUCGAAGCAGACAGAAUUGCUUGAUCCGAGUAAGAGGCUAAAGCUUCUUCAACAUUGUCAACAUUGCAGUAGGUGUGGUGGGUGCGGGCACAACAAGAGGAGGUGCAGAGGUGUGUUAUAGUGAAAUCACUAGUGUUAAUUUUAGUUGUAUUUAGGAGCUAUUUAGUUGGAUGUAAAUACUAAUGCCUUGGGGUGAUUGUAUUGGUUUUUGAGUAUUUAGAUGGUUAAAACCAGAUUGAAGAUCGACCCUUGGAUGUUUUGACCAAAAUAAACUCAGCAUUCCUAGUAAGCCAUUUUGCUUCAGCUACU